AUGGUGCCAGCCCCUCUCCUGCAGAGCAUGCUGGACCGCACCGCCAGCAGCCCCCUCGGCGCCCCGGACGACCCCGGCCCCCUCAAGCGCACCAUGACGAGCACCACCACCGCGUCCUUCGCCGCCGGCUCCGACAGCCGCUCGGAGGCGGCGUCGGACAGCGCGGAGGAGCUCCUGGCCUCCCUGGCGGCCUCCCCCGCGCUGGGGCGCCCGAGCGGCGCGCCCGCGCGGACGCGGCUGAGCUCCAAGGCUGCCGCGUGGGUGCCUCCCGCCGCCGCCGCCGCGGCGCACCACGGCUCGCCGCCUCCGCCUGCGGCGGCCGCCCCCGGCGGCUGA